CACGCGCACGGGUUCCGAGAUAAAUGGUAGACCCUGUAUUCCUUUGUUCAAAUGCCUCCUACACAACCAGUGAAGCCGUCUCCAGAGGGGGAGACGACAAGGAAAUCCAAAUCUCCGGGAGACGUCAAUUUGGAUUUAGACGUCUCAAGGGUCCAAAUUUCUCCAUACGUUUCUUAUCCACAAAAGGAGGACAAUGAACAAAAAGCACGUAUAUGGUUUCCCUACAGAGAAAACCAAGAUGAAAAGGGAAAGACGACACGUCAGUUUCUCUUCAAAUUGAGUUGGAUUGCCUGUAGCGAAACUCAGGUUUUCUUCUUAUGGGAGGAUGCUCUAGAAAUGAUGAAACAUGUGCCAUGUAUCCUAACCAAUACAUAUGAGCAUCAAUUUCGGCAGGUAAUAAGAUCUUGUAAGCAGUAUAACUUAGCCGGUACUGCAAUGGAAUUUUCAAAGAUUCUCCGCCAUGAACCUGACAAGGUAGAUACCUUUUUGAGAUGUUUCUACUGUAUAUAUCCCAACAUUAGAUCUAAAGUCGACUCAAUCCAAUCACUUGAGAACGUUGUCGUAGAAACAGUAAAUUCUUUCCGAUUAUCUCUAGCAGAACACCAUUCAAAGCAAAAAGAAUUGACGGAAUUGUUUGUAACUUGCUCGAAACAGGUGCGCAAUAUCUCAGAAAAACUGCCACGCGUUGAAGAAGCUAUUGAAUCUAUUGUUCUUAAAAUGUCCAAAUGAGACUUAUUACCUGCUCCUGAAAUACCUCAGUCCACAGCAUUAUCCAUACCGAGUUCAUCACGCGGACCUCGUGGGGUCUCCGUAAGGCUAGUCUUAACAGAACCUGGAGAGUAUCAGGGAUUAUAUUCAUUUAGCUUUGCAGCUGACAAAAUAGUCACUUUCAUUCAUCCAGCGUCUCACCCGGAGAUCAGUCAUCUAGUAGAUUUCUCUCCAGAAGCACAAGUUAUUCUAAUGAACCUAGAUCAAAAUACACUACUUAUUAGGCUUAGCACUCAUUGUCAGAAGUCACUGCGUAGUGCUUUCACCUUAUCCCCCGGUGUUGAGCGGCGGGCUCCUUC